UGUGAAAAAUGAUGUAUUUAUAUAUUUAUAUACAUAUAUAUAUAUAUAUAUUACAGAUAAGAAACCAAAAAGAAUGUCAAAACCUAAAGUUGGUGAAGAGACUGUAGAAGCAGAAGUUGAUAAAGAUGCUGAGUUGAAAUGCCCAUGUAUACGACUCCAAUCAGAAUCACAACCUAUUUGGGAAAAACGUGAUCAGAACGGAACAUAUAAUCGUAUUAAUAAUGAUUCACGUUUUGAAAUAAGUAAAGAUAAUAAAGGGUCCGUGAUGAAAAUCCGAAAGAUUACAUCAAAAGAUUCUGGAAAGUAUCAGUGCAUUUUUUAUGAAGAUGGGGAAAAAACCAUACAUAAAAUAACACUUAAAGUUGUAAUAUUUAAAAGUGUAGAAGCAAAACUUGGUAAUGAUGUUGAGUUGAAAUGUGAUUGUGGACCUCCAUCGUCAAAUCCUAUUUGGAAAAAGCAGGCUGAGGAUGAAACAUACGAUAGUAUUUCUGAUGAUUUACGUUUUCAAAUAACUACAAAUUAUGAAGGGUGCAUGAUGAAAAUCCUUAAAUUUUCAUUAGAAGAUGUUGGAACAUAUCGGUGCGAAGUUCAACAUAAAGAUGGAAAAAUAAUCAUAUAUGAAACACUGCUGAAAGAAACAGAAUUAUACGACCGAAGUUAG